UGGGUGGUAUGCUGCUGGGAAACUCGGUCUGUGUGGGCGGAUAGAGCGUGGGGCGAGUGAUUGUUCGCGUCAGAGUUGCGGGGGGGAGGGUGGUGUAGGAUGUUAUUAGUGCGAUUUCGGUGGUGGGAUUUGGGACGCCGGUGGGAGUGGGGAAGUCGGUGGGAAUAGGAACGUCGGCGGUGGUGGGGACUUCGAUGGUGGUGGGGACUGCGGUGGUAGACGUGCGUUUGCGGGUGACUGUUACCGUUUGGGUUGGCAGGCCGUCACCGAGACGACCGCUGAUCCAGGUGCUGGUGCUUGUUGUGGUGACGGUUACGGGUGGAGCGAUGACGGUGACGGUGGAUUUGGGCUCGCCGAGUACAGGGCUGUCUCGUGGGCUCAACAGCCGAGAGCUGGAGCUGGAGAUGAAGCAGGGUGUUGGUAUCGAAGCCCGUUCGAACGUAACAGGUCCUCGGCCCAACGGCUGGCCGCGUGAUGCCGGUCGUGGUCUGUCCCGUUUUGGACGGAAUUUGUAGGGUAUGUGGUGAUGCAUUAUGUUAUCGCAAACGUUUCGGUUGACUCCGUGAGAACUGUUAUGGGUGAUGCUGAUGAUGCUUGUCUAUUUCCUCGUAUUGUAUCCACAAAGCAAGAAGGGGAGGUGGAAGAUAGGGAAGGCAGGGCAAAUAUGCGUCAAGUUUCAUUUGCGGUCGUUCUUUAUAACAGCUGGCUCAUCCUGAAGGGGACUAUUAAAAAGCUGUCAAGCAGCCAGUCAGUCAACAGUCAGUCAGUUGGAUAGAAGGGUCAGGCAUGGAAGCGGGGAAGUGUAAGUGAACCAUCCACGGCGAUAGGAGGCCAUAUAUAGAAUGGACAAUGACGGAGGAUUUUUGGGGCUGCAGGAGGACUAUCUGGCUGGUUCCUGGAUUGUUUUCAUGCACAUUCUCUUGCUACAUAGUAGGUAUGCAAUUCACGGGCAUGCGAGGGCGGGUGGUU